AUGGACUCGACGGCGCCGCCCCGCAUGGACGCCUACGACCCGCGCAGCAAUGGCCUGGCCCGACAGCCCACCGAGCCCCUGGACGCCGCCGCCCCGCCGCCGCCGCCGCCGCCGCCGCCGCCGCAGCAGCAGCAGCAGCAGCAGCACGCUUCUGCUUAUGCCCACGCUCCCGCGCACAACCCGCCGCGCUCGCAUAGCCUCGACCCCCAGGACCGCGCCGAUGGCCCCGUGCGCUCCAUGACCGACCCCGCCCAGCACGACCAGCAGAUGCAGCCGCCCAAGCCCAAGCGCACCGGCAAGAUCUGCGGCAAGUGCGGCGAGGCCCUGACCGGCCAGUUCGUCAGGGCCUUGGGCGGCACGUACCACCUGGAGUGCUUCACCUGUCACGACUGCGGCAAGAUUGUCGCCUCCAAGUUCUUCCCCGUCCCCGACAAGCCCCCGGGCCAGUACCCCCUCUGCGAGACGGACUACUUUCGCCGGCUGGACCUGCUCUGCCACGACUGCGGGCAGGCCCUCCGCGGGUCCUACAUUACGGCCCUCGAGCGCAAGUACCACAUUGAGCACUUUACCUGCUCCGUGUGCCCGACCGUGUUUGGCGCCUCGGACAGCUACUACGAGCACGAGGGCAGCGUCUACUGCCACUACCACUACUCGACCAAGUUUGCGCAGCGCUGCAACGGCUGCCAGACGUCGAUCCUCAAGCAGUUUGUCGAGAUAUUCCGCAAUGGGCAGAACCAGCACUGGCACCCCGAAUGCUACAUGAUCCACAAGUACUGGAACGUGCGCCUGCACUCGACUGGCCAGCCCAUCCUCGAGAGCCUGCAGCCCGCAGAAGGCGAGGCCACCGACACCAUCCGCGAAAAGGUGCGCCAGCAGGAAGAGGAGAUUGAAGCAAAGGUCAACUGGAUCUGGAAGACGCUGUCGGCGUUUGAGGAGAAGUCGGCCACGUGCAUCUCCGACAUGCUGCUGCACGUGAGCAACGGCGCCUACGUCGACGGCGUCAUGGCCGCCAACAAGUUCAUCAUCCACGUCGAGCUGCUGUUUGUGGCCGCCGAUGACCUCGACGCCCAGCUGGCGACCAACACACCCAAGGGGCUCAGCUACUCGCGCGAGGCGAAGCUGCUGUGCAAAAAGGUCGUUGCCUUUUUCCAGCUGCUCACCCAGUCGUCGGGCACGGGCGUCCGCCGUCUCGGCGUGACGCAGGAGCUGCUGUCACUGGUCACGGGGCUCGCACACUACCUCAAGCUGCUGAUCCGCAUCUGUCUGCAGGGCGCGCUCAAGCUGGAGCGCGAGACCAGAAGCUCCAGCGGCAUUGCAAACUUUCUGUCGCAGGUCAACUCGCUCGAUGCAAAGCUCGAAGAAGAGGCGUCCAAGGACCGGGCCGCCGAAGCAGCAGUCCUCAUCCCACGAUGGGCAGACGCCUGCCCCAUCUGCGACCUGCAGGUCGAGGACAAGUGCCUGCACCUCAACAACAUGUCGUUCAACUACACCUGCAUGGUCUGCUGCAGCUGCAAUGCCGACCUGCGUCUCGAUCUCCGGCAAGCCUACUGGAGCGCCUCGUCGAAGCGCCUCUUCUGUCCUGCGUGUGCGGCCGCGCAGCCAGAUGCCGAGAGUGGCUUCCGUCACGUCACCAAGCUGCGGCAGUACGUCCAUCUCCUCAAGGUCGCCCACGCCCGCCUCAUGGCCACACUGCGGACCAGUGGCGCGCUGCCACACACAUCCGAUGACCCCAACCUGACAGGCUAUGACUCGUCCGCCGGGCACCGCAUGGACAACAACGGCGCUGCGCUCGCACCCCCGCAUCUGCGAGCCGACGCGAGGUCCAAGACGUACAAUGGCUCCGACGCCCACUCCAACGGCCACGGCAGCUCCAAUGCGGCGUACGAGCAGUCCAUGUCAGACAUCAAGCGCCUGCGGUCCACGCGACUGGACAAGCACCUCUCCAACACGAUGAAAAGAGCACGUGCGUCCCGCAUCCUCGACGGCUCCGAAGGCUACGAAGCCGGGGCCAACACGGAGAUGCGUGGGGGCAUGCAAAUCGUCAACGAGCGCGACCAGGUGGACAUGGAGAGCGCCACGCUCGCCGUCAACUCGCUUGCCCUCGACGACAUUGCCCGCAUGGCCGCCAUGGAGCAGCAGCGAGAGCAGCGGCCAAACGCCUUCCGCGCCGGUGGCGGAGCCCUUCUCGGCCAGGAGAAUGCCAAGGUGCGCCACGGCCACCGUCGCGACUUGUCCGGUGCGCAAGAGCUGAACGACAUUGCCGACGGCCGGUCACGCACCUUCUUCUCGGAGCUGUCGCCCCUCGAGUACUUCAAGCUGAAGGGUCUUGCCGUGCUGCAGCUCGGCCUGCUUCUAGAUGACAGCCAGUACAACCAGGAAGACCUGCUCGACCUCAUCGAGUCCAAGAAGAACAACUUCUGGGGCAAGAUUGGGUUCGGAAAGGCAAAGGGCAAGCCGAAGAAGCCUCAGACGGUCGAGAAGCCGGCGUCGGACAAUGCCACCUUCAAGCAGUCCCUGGAGUGGCUGGUGGAGAAGAAGGGCUGCGAGUGCACCGAGGGCGUGGGCCCGGGUGCGCUCAAGGUCCCAGCGCUGCUCCAGGACGCCAUCACCGCAAUGAGAAACAUGGACAUGUCGAUUGAGGGCGUCUUCCGGAAGAACGGCAAUCUCAAAGCACUACGAGAGCUGGAAGUCGAAGUCGAUCAAAAGGGCGUCGAGCAGGUGGAUCUGAGCUCAAAGAAUCCCGUCAUCCUCGCCAACCUGCUCAAGCGCUUCCUGCGUGUCAUGCCGGACCCCGUGCUGACGCUGAAGCUCUACAGGCUGUUCAUGACGGCAAAUGACAUUGACGACGAAGACAAGCGGAAGAAGGUGCUCCACCUGGUGCUGUGCUUGUUGCCCAAGGCCCACCGCGACACGAUGGAGGUCCUGUUCUGCUUCCUCAACUGGGUGUCCUCCUUCCACACAGUCGACGAGGAGUCUGGCAACAAGAUGGACACGUGGAACAUUGCCACCGUCAUGGCGCCCAACAUCCUGCGCGAGAGCAACGACAAGGAAGUCCGCAGCGUCGACCAGGGCGCCGUCAAGGUUGUCUUUGAUCUCAUUGAGAACAACGACGAGUUUUCCGAGGUACCUCCCGAGAUCAUGGAGCUCCUCAGCGACGAAAACGCCACCGACAUGAGCGCCAAGGAGAUUAUGCGGCGCUGGGAGCAGCGCGGGAACAACCCCGGCGACGCGCUCACGACAUCGCCCAAGCACCCGGGCGCCAUCGCAAAGCGCAAGGACGAGCGAAACGCUCCCCAAAUCACAGACGCAGACAGCAACCCCACCUCGGCACUCUCGGGCGAGUCGUCGGUCCGCCAGCACGCCGUCGCCGGCGGCAGGAUGAACCUCUCGCCCUCGCGCCACGCCGACAUGGGCGCGCCCAACCCGCCCUACGGCCAGAACCCCCAGGCCUCGGCGGAAAGCCAUCGCACCGCGUCCCCGCACCGGCACAGCUACCGCUCGCCGCAGUACCAGAAACAGCAGCAGAUCAGCACCACGGGCGCCGGGUGA